UUGCAUAAAGCAGGAAAUUUAGUUUUCAUUCUGCAUGAAGUCAGUGGCCUUUAUAAACACAAGUUGCUUACUAUUGAUCAGAUCAUUACAAAAUUGAUGUGAAACUCAUAUGGCAAGUCCAAAAUUCAGUUUUUGCAUCCUGCUUCUUUUUGUAAGCUAUGGCAUACUAACUCCAACUUGCUGCCUUGGUGAAAUAUGCCAGCCAAAAGAAAACGCUGCAUUAUUUGUAUUUGGAGAUUCAAUAUUUGAUGUUGGAAACAACAAUUACAUCAAUACUACUGCUGACAAUCAUGCAAAUUUCUUUCCAUAUGGUGAAACCUUCUUCAAGUAUCCAACCGGUAGAUUUUCUGAUGGUCGCGUGAUUCCAGAUUUCGUAGCUGAGUAUGCUAAGUUGCCUCUAAUCCCCCCAUUUCUAUUUCCUGGUAAUCAACGAUACAUAGACGGAAUCAAUUUUGCAUCAGCCGGAGCUGGGGCUUUGGUUGAAACCCAUCAAGGACUGGUGAUAGAUCUAAAAACUCAACUAAGUUAUUUCAAGAAAGUCAGCAAGGUAUUGAGGCAGGAACUAGGAGUAGCAGAAACCACAACUCUAUUGGCCAAAGCUGUCUACUUGAUUAACAUCGGAAGCAAUGAUUAUGAAGUCUAUCUGACAGAAAAAUCGAGUGUCUUUACUCCUGAGAAAUAUGUAGACAUGGUGGUUGGUAGUCUUACAGCCGUGAUAAAGGAGAUACACAAGGCGGGAGGGAGGAAAUUUGGGGUUCUUAACAUGCCAGCUAUGGGUUGUGUUCCAUUUGUCAAGAUACUAGUAAAUGCACCUAAAGGUUCCUGCGUGGAAGAAGCGUCAGCACUAGCCAAACUGCAUAACAGCGUGCUUUCUGUGGAACUUGGGAAGUUAAAGAAACAACUAAAAGGAUUUAAAUAUUCAUACGUCGAUUUUUUUAAUCUGUCAUUUGAUCUUAUAAACAACCCUUCAAAAUAUGGGUUUAAAGAAGGCGGUGUGGCAUGCUGUGGCAGCGGGCCUUACAGGGGAAAUUUCAGUUGUGGAGGUAAAGGAGCAGAGAAAGAUUACGACUUAUGUGAGAAUCCCAGUGAGUAUGUCUUCUUUGACUCGGUUCAUCCCACUGAAAGGGCUGAUCAGAUUAUUUCCCAGUUUAUGUGGAGUGGACACCAAAGUAUUGCUGGCCCAUUCAAUCUCAAAACACUAUUUCAAGAAUAAUUCAACCAUGAGGAGAAAAGAUAGCUGACAUUGUUAAUUGUUAUUUGUACUAAAAGGCAAAAUACAUGUAAUCGGCAGUUAUAACUUAUAAUUGUGACUUCUUGAUGGAUUAA